CGCAGCACGGCAUCGCGUACGUGACGGUUAGUAGUGACCCGCGUUAGCUGCUAGCCGCUUCCUCCCGUGAAGGCACCGCCGGUUCGUGUGACUGUCUGGCUUGUAACCGCACCAUGUUCAGAGCCGCCGUCCGACUCUCAGUCUCCGGUGUCCGGAGUUUAACCCGUACCCAACCAGGCUGUCAAGCUCUUUUGGCCUCAAGGGGGUACUCGCAUGGGAAGCAAGAGACGGAUGAGGAGUUUGACGCCCGCUGGGUCACCUAUUUUAACAAGCCAGACAUUGACGCAUGGGAGCUGAGGAAAGGAAUGAACACGCUGGUUUGUUACGAUCUGGUACCCGAGCCAAAGAUUCUUGAGGCAGCACUGAGAGCCUGUCGGAGGUUAAACGACUUGGCCAGCGCUAUCCGAAUUUUGGAAGCUGUGAAGGAUAAAGCCGGCCCUCAUAAAGACAUCUACCCGUAUGUGAUCCAAGAACUGAAGCCGGUUUUAGAGGAGCUUGGCAUCUCGACACCUGAAGAGCUCGGCAUUGACAAACUGUAGAUGAGCAGAUCAAACAACGGCGAAUAUCCCCCAGACAAAGAAACCUUGUACUUACAUGUUUGCCUCAUAUAAUACGUGUGAUAUUUAAUUUGGCCUUUAUUAAGUUCUUUUGCUUGUAAAAUAUUGAUGAACCUAAUAAAGGAAAAUGUAUCUUUAUUGAGUGUCACAAGUAUGUUUGGGAUAUUUUAAAUAGUUUUAGUGCUCAUUGAAGCAAUACAUUCACAAUAAGUUGCUUUAAUAGAGAGCAGAGCAUCACUUUACAGCAGGGGCCUUCAACAGAGCUGUCAGAGAGGCGGCGCAGGGACCCCCCUACCACUGCUAAAUGUGUUGCAUAUCAAACUGGGCCUACAAUAACAUGUAUAGAGAUCUUUCACAAAGUCAUAGGUAGCCAAUCCUAAAUGUUUCUUUCACAAAUAGACUGAUUUAAUAUGUUAGAUUGAUAAAUAUGUCUAAACUAUUAAGCAUUAAAAGGGAAAAAUGUCACUGAUCAAACAAUAAUUUGGCUGCUCUGAGAACCACCUAGUGGUGGUUGUUGAAGACCCAGGCUUUACAGUGCAUGUUGCCAGGGUGUCUGGAUGAUUUUGUCAAGAGUCACAUUUUGCCACCAGGGAGCAGUGUGUUCACAUGAAUGUAAAAAUCAUUUUACUGUAUUCAAUCUAUAUUACAUCUGUUUUCGUUUCAGGGAAAAUGUACAUGCUGGUGAAAUAAACUUGUUCAAAUCACAAAA